AACGAGGACAUUGACAACGCCCAGAGGCAUUGGCUGUUGCUCCAGAGCGGUGGCUAAUGUCGGAGAGACCAAGACCACAUUGCUCAUCAUGAGCUACACACAACCCAGAAAAUUCAGCACAACACCAUCUCGAGCCUUGAAGCAAUUCUUCCCCGAACCAGAUGCUCCCAGCAUCAGAACGACAGAAGCAGCAUGGCCACACCCUAUCUACACCAAGGAGCAGAUGGAAUCUGUUGUGAUCGCCCAUCGACAAGCCAAAACAUGGUCAGACUGGACAGCACUAGCUGCAAUCCGUACGCUGCGAUGGGGACUGGAUCUUGCUACUGGCUACAAGCACGACAAAGCAGUCGCCAGUGGAGAGAAGAGUGCCAAAAACGCCAACCAGAAGCACGUUAUGACGGCGAGAAAAUACAUGAUCCGAAAUGUAUUCCUCGAGUCGGUGGCUGGAGUGCCUGGAAUGGUGGCUGGUAUGCUACGACACCUGCACUCAAUGCGCCGGAUGAAGAGAGACAAUGGAUGGAUUGAGACUCUGCUCGAAGAAUCGUACAACGAGAGGAUGCAUCUGCUCACAUUCCUCAAGAUGGCAGAGCCUGGACCGUUCAUGAAGUUCAUGGUUCUCGCAGCUCAGGGAGUCUUCUUCAAUGCCAUGUUCGUGGCUUACCUGGUGUCUCCUCGCACAGCACACCGCUUUGUCGGAUAUCUUGAAGAAGAAGCGGUGCUCACGUACACACGCGAGAUCGCAGAUCUAGAUGCUGGAAGACUCCCAGAGUGGGAGAAUCUGGUGGCACCAGACAUUGCUUAUCCGAACGAGCAUACGACAAAAGCUGACGAGGAACCAACAGUNCGUGCCGACGAGUCGAAGCAUCGCGAGGUCAACCAUACUCUGGGCAACCUCGAUCAGAAGGAGGACCCUAACCCAUUCGUGUCUGAGUACAAGGACAAAUCAAUUCCGCACCCAGGAAAGGGGCUUCAAUACCCCAAGCCAACCGGGUGGGAAAGAUCAGAAGUCAUU